CGGACGGUCUGCUCGUGGAGAAUGCUGGUUAGCAGUGUUGCAGAGUGGUUGCAGCGUACAGAGUGAAGAUAUUCGAGCCAGCAAAGUCAGGUGGCGUAGUGACUGCCAUGGUCUCGACAUCCCGAUCGCACCCGGUACGGCUAACAGGUGCUUCGCGACAACUCACCUUCGCAGCGACGUCGGCACUGUUUGCGUGCCCCGCAACUAAGCCACGAGCCCUGCUUUCCCUCCAGCCAAGUCGUCGCUUUCGUCUCGCUUCUGCCAGAGAUCUCCGAGAACACGGUAUAAUGUUGCUAUAACAGACAAAGCAGAGUGCAAACGAUUCGGCCAAGAGGGUGAGGAGUAGAAGGAAAGGUCACCUGCUCGGCUUCUU